CUCGAGUGUCUAAAAGGAGAAUAAAUGGCCCCAUCUGGACCCUUUCUUAUCUAUCUUCCCGGUGAGUGUCCAGAGCCAGCAUGCAUCAUGAUGGCGUUCUUUUGGCAACGUGCUCUGCUUGUGAGCCUGGCUGCGGCCAUGUCGGUGUAUGCAGACAUGAAGCUGGACUGCGGAACCGAUUCUGUGACGUUGGUGUGGAGGGAGGGCAGGUCCCGGGCCGAUACCUCGCUCUUCCGUCUGGGUAACUGCUUCCCCACCAGCUUCUCGACCACCGAGGCUGUUUUCAGCGUGGAUUUCGACGACUGUAACUUCAGGAGAAUUGUAACUGGGGAUCGCUUGAUGUUCACCAACGAUCUGACCUACAGUUCCUCUUCUGACUCUGACCCUCAGGCCUUCACUCACCCCGUUGUCUGUGUAUAUGAGAGGCCUGAAGACUGGUACCCGCGGCUUCAUGCCCCAAUUUUCAACACGUACGGUCUCGGAGAUCUAGAGUUCCACUUUGGCCUCAUGAAUGCUGACUUCUCUGGCCCAGCUGAAUCUAUUACCUUUCCUCUGGGCUCCUUUAUCCCGAUCAUGGCAAGCGUGGCCCAGGAGGCCCAUCAGCCCUUGCUGCUGUUUCUUGAGGAAUGCGUAGCGGCUACCACACCGGAGCUGCAGCCUGAAAGCACUUUGUACCCGAUAAUCGCCAAUGAGGGAUGUCUUGUGGACAGUCUGGUAUCGCGCUCUAAAUUCGAACGAAGGCAAAAAUCCUCUGAGAUCCACCUUUCCCUUCAAGCCUUUAGGUUUGGUCUCAGUGAAGAGGUGUUUAUUCACUGUAAACUUGUGGCUUGGGAUCCCAACCAUCAGGACAACAGCAAGAAGGCCUGCCACUAUGACCAAGAGCAUGGCUGGGAGCAGUUGGACAACUCUGCCUCCCGGUAUCUCUGUGCCUGCUGUGACUCUGACUGCAAGUCCAGGAGGGUCAGGAGUUCAGCAUCAGGGAAGCGUGGAAUGGCACAAAAAGCUGUCCUUGGGCCGCUGACUAUCACUGAUGUGAAUUAUUGAUUGUCCAGGCCUGGAUCUGUCUUGCACACUGGCUCUUCAAUCUGAAUUGGAUUUGUAUCGUUUUUAAACUUCUAAAAGUGUAAUGCCUCCCCAAUGUUAUUAAAGAUAACUAUAC